AUGGCCUUCAACUUCAUUCGCGCCUGGCUCAAGGACAUCUUCCUGUCGUCAUAUCGCCUGCUGCGCGCAUUGCUAUCCACAACCACACAGUUUGCUGACUCCAAAGCAAAGGGUAUAAAGGAAAAUAUGCCGAAAUACUAUCACGACGACGAGGCAUGGGCGGACAUUGACCCUCUCCCCCAGGAUGACGGCGGCCUGCAUCCACUCGCUGCCAUCGCAUACACGGAGGAGUACAGCGAGGCUAUGGGCUACCUGCGCGCCGUCAUGGCGAAGAACGAGUUCAGCGAAAGGGUCCUUGGCCUUACUGAGCACAUCAUCAGCAUGAACCCCGCGCACUACACUGUUUGGCUCUACCGCGCCAGAACCAUCUCAGAGAUCGGGCGAUCACUGAAAGACGAAAUCGCAUGGCUCAACCCAACCGCACUCAAGCACCUCAAGAACUACCAGAUCUGGCACCACCGACACACUAUUAUUGAUGAGCUCGGCUCGUGCGAGGGCGAACCAGAGUUCAUAAACUCCAUGCUGGAGCUUGACUCUAAGAACUACCAUGUGUGGAGCUAUAGGCAAUGGUUGGUCAAGCGGUUCGAUCUUUUCGACAAGCCCGAAGAGCUAGAGUGGACACACAGCAUGAUUGAGGAGGAUGUGCGCAACAACUCUGCUUGGAACCAUCGCUACUACCUAGUCGUUGGCGGUCGCGAGGGAAAACCGAGUGCAGAUCUUGUGAACCGAGAGAUAGAGUACACCAAAGCAGCAAUCCGGAAAGCCCCCCAGAACCAGAGCCCAUGGAACUACAUCUUGGGCAUUAUUCGCGCAGCGGAACUUCCCAAGUCGACUCUCAAGGACUUUGCGGGUGAAUUCGCUGAUGUGCGGAAGCCAGACGAUGUCCACUCAAGCCACGCUCUCGAUCUCCUAGCGGACAUAUAUGCGGAAGAGGAAGAUAGCAAAGAGAAUGCGGAGAAGGCCCUGGAGCUUUUGGCGACAAAGUACGAUCCGAUCCGCGCAAAUUACUGGAACUUCAGGAAAGGUCUCCUCGAUCACCCGAAGGUUGCUGCUUAA